AUGGUGUUUGAGCGUCUCAACUUCCCGCGCAAAACAAUGAUGACCCUGUCGCCGAAAGCCGAAUCGAUGCAGCAGAGCCAGCCAUCGAGGCUGACGGAGCCCUCGACAUCCGCUACAAGAGCGCCCCAGCUACCCGCGUCUGAUGAAGCUACGUUGCUUGAUUGGGUUCAGAGCCUUCGCUAUUUUCCCAUCGACCUCGCGUCGUUCGACAACCGAAAUGACCAUAAGUGGUAUCUGUACUCGCCAAUUCCAGACCGUCAAACGGGAUGGGCACUGCUAGGUGCUGUGGCUCGUCGAGGCGAAACGGUGCCUCUCCGCGUCGUGUCCAACAAAAUGGACUCGUUCAGUCUGGCGGGCAAGUACAAAGACGGCGCGGAUAUUCGAGUCGUGUUGAGACGCCCCGGUCGGCUGUUUACCUUCUUUCGCGAUCGCCACCAUCUCAUGGCACUCGAGGGCGCGGUCUACUUUCGAGUCGCUGAGGAGGAGCGUGAAUUUGGCCGUGUUGCGGUGUACAAGACAUGCCUGGCUCUCAACGUGUCUAAAGGCGCAGAAAAAACUCGCUGCCACAACUCUCCGCAGAAUGGCCGACUCGUGUGCCAUCUUGCUGCACACCAAAGUCAAGAGAAAUAUAUCGGCCUGGCCGAUAAGUCUCGUGCUCCUGCUCUCGACUCGCGCGCGGUCGCGAGCGCGUCUGAUGUGAAGAUCGAGAUUCCUACAACCGACUGA